GUGCCUGCCGAUUUAUUUAUCGAAAGAGAGAGCGUUUCUUCAUUCACCGGGCUCGGUGCACUUCAGCCGCCUCGCACAGCAUGAGCAGCAGCGACGACGAGUACGACCCGGCAGAGGUCGUCGUUACCGCCCCUGCGCCGCCGACAGCAGCAACGGCGGCGGCAGCAGCCGACAAGGCAGUUCCCCUUUCUCGCGCGGAUCUCUUCCCUACCGCUGCGUCCCACGCAACGGCAGCGACACUUGCGGCGUCAGGACCCUCUCCUGCAGCAUCCAACAAUGCGACUGCAAACGGCGAGAGCGUCGAUGGCGGCUACCGGCUGCGCAGUGACAUCAAAGGCCGUGUCCGCUGUGUUGCUCUCAACCCGGCUGGCACGACGCUCUGCGCCGGCAGCGAAGACGGUCAGCUUUGCAUGUGGGACUUCAACGCGCCUCUCAAGUCACACCGCAUUGCGCCGACGCGGGUGCUGACGCCGUUUGUGAAUCGCAUCUCUGGUCUGCAGCCCAUUAUCGCGUUGACCUUCGCGAAGGAUGGUAGCUACCUCGUUGCCUGUCAAGACGGCGACAGCCCCGCCCUGGUGCGGGCCUCCGGGGAGCAGCUUGGCUACUGCGCGAUGGGGGAGCGGGGACUGAUGGACGUUGUGCAGUGCCGCGGGCACCGCGCCCCGGUCACCUGUGUCGCGGCGCAUCACAAGGACGCCGCUGUUUUCCUCACAGGCAGCCAGGACGGCACGGUGCGUCUGUGGAACCACCACACCUUCAAGCAGCACAGCGCCUAUGCCGUGAAGCACGGGUCAGGGCAGGUGACGGACACGCACGUGGUGGAGAGCGUGACGACGUUGCCGCAUUUUCGUGGUGGGCAGACGGACGUCUUUGCGAGCGGUGGACAAGACGGCUGUGUUCAGCUGUGGGACAGUCGAGUGAAGUACCGCCCGGGUGGUGCGCUGGCUACGGUGGAUAUGUUUGCUGCGGCCACCACGGCAGACGUCGCCGGCAAACGUGUGGAGGAGGACUUGUUUUCCGAUAAGCACGUGGGAGGGUUGCUGGAGGUGCACGCUGCCGCUCCCUCUUCCGUGGUGGCAUCUUCGCUGGAUUGCAGCCUCGCCGUCCGUGUCGGUUCGGUAAUAAAAAUUAUUGACCUGCGCCAGCUGUCGGGCAGCCUAGGGGCAUCACCAUCGGCGGUGGUACAGGAAGUCGCAGGUGGGCUCCCUUUUGUUCUCGAUACGACGUGCCUGGCCCCGCGAAGUAGCAGUCUUGCAAGCGUGCUGACAUGCACAAGCCGUGUGGGUUACCAAAACGUUUCUGGCGGUCAUGUCGUUCAGUACGCCUACCGAAGCAGCACCCUCCCAUUUGAUCGCACGAUGGUCUGGCGUGCAGGCAAGCCGGAGGAGGACGUGCUGUGCGUGUGCGCCGAUCGAAGCCGGUCUGAUGGGUGCGUCUACGCGGGUCUCUCCUCCGGUGAGGUGGUCGUGCAGAACGCCUUCGCAACGGACAAGGACGUGCAGCCGAUCGAGGCAUGGCUGCAGACGCGCCCCGAGCGUGAGGGACGCGGCCGCAUGCCAGGCGAGAAGGCACCGCGCGUCAAUGACGAUGACGCCGAUCUUAUGGCAGCUUUGUUUUGA